AUGUCAUCGACGUCGUCGCUGACGGGGAGAAAACUUGUGCUCAGUACGCUCCUUGAAACGGAUCACUACGAAAGCCUCAUUAAAGAAUUAACAUGCUCCAAAUGCAACAAGUACAUGAAACCACCUAUUCAUCUAUGUGUAGACGGACAUAGUUUAUGUGGGCCAUGCUAUGAAAAAAGUUACCAAUGUCAUUUAUGCAAGAAAGAGUUUUCUCUUAUCCGGCCCAUUGUACUGGAAUCUUUGGCGAAUAAGGUCUUGUUUCCAUGCACCAACGAAGGAUGUCCAAAGCACGUAAAUCUGCCUCUAUUUGACAAACACAUUGCUCAAUGUCAGUUUCGAAUCAUCAAUUGUUUUAUGGCACGAGUAUAUGGUGAUUGUUCUUGGGAAGGACGAGCUGGCGAUUGGAUGGACCACUGUUUUGAAGCUCACAAAGAGAAAGUAACUGAAUUACCAUUCAUGACAGUAAAAGACAAGUGGGAUGCUAAAAAAACAGAACCAGUUCUUAACUAUUUCUUGUUGAAGUGUUACGAGAGAAUUUUCAACGUUUAUCAAGUUUACGACAAACGAGGAGGAAGGAUGAUGUGGACUGUUCUUGUUAAUGACGAUAAUGCAGAGAAGUUUUAUUUUGAAGUGGACAUAUUUUUACCAAACUUGCCGAGUAAGAGAAUUGUUUACAGGCGACCUUGUAAGUGUGAAAAAGACGCUGAUUUCUUAGAGCACACACAAAAUGUGUACAUUCCAGUGGAAAACGUUUUUUCAAUGUUGGAUGAAAGUGAGUCGAUUAAUUUUACAAUAAGAAUUGGUGAAGUUGAGAACUUGCCGUUACUCGAGACACCUACAGCAAGCGAAAGCUUAAUACUUCUCCAUCAGGAAGACGUGAAAGAAAAUGGUCAAUUAUAA